AUGGCAGCUUCGCUCUCUCUUUCUCACAUUCCCUUCACAUCCAUUGUUAUGCUCCUGCUCUUCGUUGCCACUCUUCCCACUGCCCUUUCUCAGGACCCCAUCACCCAAGGUCCAACCAUUGCUGACUGCAGCCCACGCCUGGUGGCACUGAUGCCAUGUGCACCUUUUGUGCAGGGCACAGCACAGGUGCCGGCGCAGGCGUGCUGUGACAACCUCAAUCAGCUCUACACCCUGCAACCAGGCUGUCUUUGCCUCUUGCUCGAUAAUACCACAUUGAGUGAUUUUCCUAUUAACAGGACACGUGCUUUGCAGUUACCUGUUAUUUGCAAGCUCCAAGUUAACGCCUCUACUUGCUCAGGGGUGCCUUCUCCUCCUGGUUCUGAGGUUUCUCUAGGGGCAAAGCACAACUCUUCUGUCGCUGCUUCCCCCAUGGCGCACCCAACUGUUCCAGUGGCACCAAGACCAAGCAUCAUGGGACUAGGGUUCAGCCGGAGCAAUGCUGGAAGACUGAAGUCAAAAGGUCUCUCAACAAUGGUGACUUUUGCUGCAAUUCUGCUUUCAAAACUGGCACUCAGUUUGAUUUAUUAG